AUGAGUUGCAUGCCAUGGAAAGGAGACAAGGCCAAGUCUGAAUCCUUGGAACUUCCCCAGGCAGCACCCCCACAAAUCUACCAUGAGAAGCAGCGCAGGGAGCUGUGUGCCCUUCACGCCCUCAACAAUGUCUUCCAGGACAGCAACGCCUUCACGCGGGAAACGCUACAGGAGAUUUUCCAGAGGUUGUCUCCAAAUACUAUGGUGACACCCCACAAGAAGAGCAUGCUGGGAAAUGGGAACUAUGAUGUGAAUGUCAUCAUGGCAGCACUUCAGACCAAAGGCUAUGAAGCUGUUUGGUGGGACAAGCGCAGGGAUGUGGGUGUCAUCGCUCUCACUAAUGUCAUGGGCUUCAUCAUGAACCUGCCCUCCAGCCUGUGCUGGGGUCCCCUCAAGCUGCCUCUCAAAAGGCAGCACUGGAUCUGCGUUCGUGAGGUGGGAGGGGCCUACUACAACCUUGACUCCAAACUCAAGAUGCCGGAGUGGAUUGGAGGCGAGAGUGAGCUCAGGAAAUUUCUAAAAUACCAUUUGCAAGGAAAAAACUGUGAACUACUACUGGUGGUACCAGAAGAAGUGGAAGCCCAUCAGAGCUGGAGGGCGGAUGUGUGACAGUUCUGCUGGGCCCGCUCUGUGCCUCAACCCUCCAGCCCUCUUUGAUGUGCUGUGGCCUCUGCAGUGGGUCUGUCCAGCCACCUCCCCAAACAUCUCAUUGGGUUUCCCCCUCAAAUCUGCCAGUGCAAUAGGACAGGUGUGUGGACUGUCACAGAGCCACCAAACACUGUGCCUGGGGGAAGAAGAUAGGAGCUCUCAACACUUAGAGCAAGCCAUUGAAUACCUUUUUCUAUUUCAGAGAGGGAACUGAAAGAGGGGUCCUUGUGGGGGGCUUGCUUAUGUUCCCUUCUAUGAGGACUUGACACAGGUUCUGCUGGUAGUUGUCACUGAUGCUCAAGGCUCACAGGGAAGUUGCCUCCUCUUUUUCUCACCUGUAGCACCAGGGGGUCUGAGGACACAGUACAUGCAGAGCCCAGUGACUAGCUCGAAGGACCCAGAGCAUAAGCGUCUCAGGAAACUGUCAAGCCCCCAGCAGUGGCACCACAUGCCCUCUGCAAUCCAUAAUGCCACCUCCUUUUUAAUCCUAGGCAGCCGUGGAGUUUUAUAAUGAAAAGUUCUGAUAUUCCAAAGUAUGUAUUUGCACAGUAUUCCAGCAAAACAAUGGUGAAAAAGAUGCCUAAUUGUGGCUGAAGCCACAUUAGGACAGUCACAGGUGGCCUUUCACUCCAAUUAUGUCCCUACCAUUUCACUACAGUGACUUAGGAGGCUCUGGGGCAAAAGACAAUGAAGAGGGACAGUACUCCUAAUUGGCCCAUUUUAGCAAAAUCAGCAACACAUCAUUGCCAUCAGAUUCCAGUUAGGGACAGAGUCGGAUGAGGAAACUGCCAUGAAGGUGAGCCUUAGUUUGAGAACGAGGACUGCUAGGAACAUCCUGGGCUCCAGAGUUGUGGCAGCAGAGUCUCAGGUUGGUCAUGUGCAUCAUGUUAGAGGCUCUGGGUUUGGUAUCUUGUGUAGUUUCCUUUACAAAUUGAGGGCUGCCUCCUUCCCACUUCAAGUAGUUGUAGGUCAUUUGUCUUCUGUAAUUUUGAAAAAUAAAUAGAGGAAAUAAAUACCGUACCACACACCAAUGUGGUUGUGUUGGCCUUCAGGGCAGGUGACCUGGCCAGCCCUUAGGGAGCCAUGGUCUCUGCAGGUCUGAGAGCUGCCCCACUGGCCAGGUUUCUUCCCUUGGCAGCAGAGCUAGCCUGAGGACUUGCAUGUCAAUCCUGAACAAGCUUAUUGGGGUGAAGCGGGGGCUAUCUCCCCACUGUGACUGGAGUGCAUGUUUACACCAGCACUUUUUCUGCACAUGUAUCUUCAAUCCAACAAAGCUGAUUUUUAUUGAGUAGCAGAGGCCCCAAGUGGCUACUGCAUUAUGAUCAACCACCUCAUCUGUACCGUUUUCUACACUGGAUCUGCUUGGCACCAUGGGGAGCUCUGACCCUGCACAAUGACAUUCCAAUCAUUACCAGCCAGAAGUUAUAGCCGACCUGCUGAUUGUCACAAGCAGGACCUUGGGUCUAUUGGCACUGUCGGUGGUUGUAAGCCAUUUCUUGGGAAGAGGAGACUCCUCCCUACGGAUUUGCUUGGGCCUGUGCAAAUGGCACUGCAAAGGAGUCCCAUGCACGUGGAGUCCAUGAGCCAGUGGGAUGUACAAAGACGCUUAAGCAUUUCAGGGCUGGUUCUGUUCAUAUCCAAUUCUGGUGCUUAGGAACGGGGACCCAUGUUGAUGCCCAAGGGCAAAAAGCUCCAUUCCUUUUAAGGAAGUGGCAUCCUGACCCUGAUGCCCAGUAAGGCCCUAGGCUUUUUCUUGCUUUAUUCCCUUUUUUUUGUUGGCCUUGUGCUGGGUUUGUUUACAAAGAUGUAUUUUGUUUAACCAAAUAUUAAAAAUGAAAAACUGAACACAAA